UUGGGACAAUCUUCGUUUUUGCCACAAAUCACGCAUAAAGUCAGAACUUUGAGCUUGUUCUCUCACGUUUGCAGAGAAACCUUGUUGUAGGCAGAAGACCUCUAAAGACAAGUUGUAACAACAAUGAUGCAGCCGGCAGAGUCGAUCCUGCACAGCGGUUACUUUCACCCCUCACUCAGAUACUGGCAGACGUGCGCCUCGGACCUUAGGCCGGACAACCUUAUCUACCCCAUCUUUGUCACUGACAGUCCUGAUGCUGUGGAACCCAUUGCAAGUUUACCUGGUCAAGCAAGAUAUGGUGUGAAUAAACUUGAGGGGAUGCUGCACCCCCUUGUGGAGAAGGGCUUGAAAUGUGUGCUGAUUUUUGGAGUUCCUGCCAAAGUCGCAAAAGAUGAGAGAGGCUCAGGGGCUGACACUGAUGAGACACCUGCCAUACAGGCUGUGAAGAAGCUGCGAGCCACCUUCCCUAAUCUGCUUUUGGCUUGUGAUGUCUGCCUCUGUCCUUACACAUCACAUGGCCACUGUGGGAUCCUGCAUGAAGAUGGCACCCUGGACAACACAGCAAGCUGUAUGAGACUGGCUGAAGUGGCUCUGGCCUACGCUCAUGCCGGUUGCCAAAUCAUCGCUCCCUCAGAUAUGAUGGAUGGGCGGAUCGCGGCCAUUAAACAAGCUCUGAUGUCUAACGACCUCGGCAACAAGGUCUCGGUGAUGAGCUACAGUGCUAAGUUUGCCUCCUGCUAUUAUGGGCCUUUCAGGGAUGCUGCCCAGUCCACCCCAGCUUUUGGAGACCGGCGAUGCUAUCAGCUGCCCCCUGGUGCCCGAGGCCUAGCACUGCGUGCCUGUGAGCGGGAUGUGAAAGAGGGAGCUGAUAUGCUAAUGGUGAAGCCGGGACUUCCUUACCUCGAUGUCCUCAGAGAGGUUAAAGAUAAGCACCCCACUCACCCGCUGGCUGUGUACAAUGUAUCUGGGGAGUUUGCCAUGCUGUGGCAUGCUGCGCAGGCUGGAGCCUUCGACUUGCGCACAGCCGUCCUGGAGGCCAUGACCGCCUUCCGCCGGGCAGGAGCGGACAUCAUCAUCACCUACUACGCGCCUCAGUUACUCACGUGGCUAACAGAGUGAUGUGCGGCCCACUCUUGCAGAUUGAUUCAGAUCUAUGGUGUACUUCCCAGCAUAGUUGUGAUUUUAAAACUAAAACUUUUGGGAUACAAAGCCCAUCCAAUAUCAUAAGACUGGGCUAUACUGACCAAGGGUUAAUAUUUAUCAAGCUGACAACCUCUUUGGAUAAGUAGCUAUGAUCAUAUUAACUAAGCUGUUUUGGUUUUUAUGAUGAAUAUAUAAUUUUUCUUUUCUGAAAUUUAUAGUUAAAUGUCAGGUUAAUCUGUUUUUGUUUUAAUGAGCACCAUUUAUCUGUCCUUUUCUUUUUGAUAUGAUUUUACAGAAUAAAACAGUAAUGGAUGCACACAUCUGUACCAUUUAAGUAA